CAAACUUCACCAGGGAGGCAGAAAAUGCUAUUCUUGAUGCGCUAUCAUGCUGAUGUCACGGAGGCGUAUGCACAACAUUUGUUGGACACGUUCUCUCUUAGUCUCCCAUCCUUUUUUUGAGACAGAAAGUUAUGCCCGUGCCUUACUCCUUUACUGCUGCUGCAGCCUUUGCAUGAUUAUCACCACCGCCCGUCUGUUGAUUCUAUUGCCUUCCAUAAAUGCUAUCAGUUUCUAUUCUCCAGUGGUUUGAAUCCCUGCGCUUCACUUCGUUCUGAAUCUAGAAAUGCAACUUGGAUGCUCUCAGAGGGUAUAGAAAAAAGAGUGAGUUAGCAUAAACAAAGGAAGUAUUCAAAAUCUUAGCUGGUAGUGUAGGACCCUAAGUUGCUGUAUGCUGGUGAGGAAGUCAGGCUAUUAUGGAUGCCAUAGUCCAGUAUUGUUGGUGCUGAAUUCGAUGCGUCUGCGAAGGACUUUGACUCUUGAACACUGUCUUUUUCUGCAAAUUUCUGCAAAUUCCUAACUAAUUCCCAGAGGGCCUUCACAAACAAUAGAAAGUAAAGAAAGAUUUUCAUUUAUUGUUGCACAAAUUGUUGGUUCGGUUCUAUAUUGGUAGUUACCUUUUGUUGUUCUUUUCUCAUGCCUGUUUUUGGCCUUUGGAUAUAUAAUAUUGGAGGCCUUGGCCCUUCUGAUUGGUUCGUUGUGAUUGAAGGCCCCUGCCUCCUUUAAGAAACAUAAUUUCUAUUGUUUCCAACUUGCCAUUCUUUCUCCAUAGCAUGUAGCCUUUAAUUUAUGUACAUUUGACCAAUUGACUCUGUUUUUUUAUUUUUUGUCAUCCUCAGAUACCGGAAGGGCUUCUUAAAUUGCCAGAGAACAAGGAAUGUGCUGACUGCAAAUGCAAGUUUCUGGAAACUAUGAAAAAUGACGAAAUUGAUAGCAAAAUUAUGCCAGUAUUAUGUAUGGAAGAACCAAGAUUAGCUCCCGGUCUGAACCCCGUUGUUCGUCUCAUGUAGGCGUGUGAAACCACUUACGUCUUGCAAUACGAGCAGAAGAAUCACAAAUACUAGGCUGGAAACUAUACUUAGAAUAUAAAGAACUAUGACCUGUUGUCUGGUGUCAAUUCCUUACCUGUGAAGUAUCUACAUGCUAUUGAUUGAAAAUAACUGCUAUCUAUUUUGAUUUUUGAGUAUUGUAUUGACUCAUUUUUUAUGCAGGGGGGUCCACGGUGGGCUAGUGUUAAUCUUGGCAUCUUCAUAUGCAUGCAAUGUUCUGGAAUCCACAGAAGUCUUGGAGUCCACAUAUUGAAGGUUGCAUUUAUUCAGUGUGAGCUUCUCUUGAAUACACGAGCUCAACUCUUUUGUUCAAUGUCGGUCCAAGAUUAGGAAAAAAUAGCGGUUGUUGAUAGUAUGAUUCCCAUAUGCAGCAAUGGGGAAUGAGAAGUCAAAUAGCUAUUGGGAAGCAGAGCUCGUGCUAACGUUAAGUGGAAAAGUCCUGUAAUGUUUUAAUUAAGGUAUGAAGAUAAAAUAUUGGUUCCUAAAGACUACACCACGAAGUCACCUUCUAGACCUCUGGAAGAUGAGUCUUCUGUGCAGCGGUGGAUACCUGGGGAUAGGAGCGGACAUCACCAUGGUAGCAAUUCUGAAAAUUCAUCUGAGGAAUGGAAAAAAACUUUCAAAAACAUCGUACAAGGCACAGCAUUCCGGCUACUACGAGGAUUAGUAUACGUGUACCCUCUAAAGGACCUGAACCAGUAUGUUGAAUACGAUCUUUUAUUGUUCGUGUUCCACUGCCAGAGGCUCAACAGAUCACUGAGAAGAAGUCGGAACCAAUAGUGGCGUCUUCUGAAUCAACAAAGCAGGCGGUAGAAUGUAGUCCAGCUGUCUCUUGCCUCGAAAGGUUAUUUUACUACUGCUACUUCAACAUGCUUUCAAUGGAUCGUCCUAGUGUAAAUAGCUCAGAGACUGCCUCUGCUGAUGAUAAUGCAUGGGCAGGUUUCCAAUGAUCAGCAGCUGAUAAAACUGGCUCUACAGAACCAGAUGCUAAGAAGACGCAUUCUUCUUCUGGUAUUGAAGAUCUGUUUCAAGACUCCCCUUUUGUAGUUUCUGCAGAGUCGGAAAAACCUAAAAAAGAUGCUAAAACUGAUAUGAGCCUUUUUGAUAAGGUUUUGCAGUACUACCUGUACCAACUUAUUGAGGAUCCAUUGAGGUCUAAGCUAACUCUAGAAUCAUGGAUAACAUCACUAUUUUCGGUCAAGCUGACAAGCACUUGCGAAGAUCUGUUGAACUCCUCCAAAAAAACAAUGUCAGGGUUGUUAUCCACGAUGAGCAAGAAUUCAACGCCAUUUGUAUUCGUGAAGAAAAACGAAGGGCUGAAGCUAUAGUUGCAGAAAAACUACAAGCAAACCGUAUGGGAAAAGAAAAACAAAAGGCUACAGGUGCGGAUAAGCAGAAAGAUAAUGCCUUGGUUGAACUUCGUCAACGUAGAAAUGGUGGAGUUGUGAUCCGCGAUGAGUUGGAACUUCGUAUUUGUCAAGGUGAUCUUAUUCAUCACAGAAAUGGAGUUGUAAUCUGUGAUGAGCUGGAGAUUCGUAUUUGUGAGGAGAAAAGAAGGGUAGAUGCAAUCGAUGUGGAAAAACUGAAGGGAACCUCUAUUGGAAAGGGAAAACAGAAUGCACCAUAUGCAAACAGGGGCCAAGAAAAUUCCAUGGUUGAUCUUCUUCAUCACAGAAAUGGAGUUGUAAUCCGUGAUGAUCUCGAGAUUUGUAUUUGUGAGAAGAAAAGAAGGGCAGAUGCAAUAGAUGUGGAAAAACUGAAGAGAACCUUUGUUGGAAAGGGAAAACAGAAUGCACCAUAUGCAAAUAGGGGCCAAGAAAAUUCCACCGCACUCAAUGAUAAUGUUAUAUUCAAAGCAACAUUAGCCCAAUAGGCGCGACGAGAUCGAGAAAAGAGAGGAAAAGAAAAUGCCUUGGUCAACUCCUACAAGCCAAAUCUUCCAAGAGGAUCUUUCUUGUGGCGUCAACAUUGAAGAUAUCCCUACGAGUUCAAGAGUUCAUACUCUUAAUACAUAUAAUUUUAGGCAGGCAUUAUCUUGGCAAGAUGGACAUUUUAUGUUCUCAAUGUUCAACCUUACAUUGGAUGGACGAAAAGUUGGUACGAUCUUCUAAAAAGAAUCCUUUAUUUGGAACUUGUUGUCUGCAAGGAACAGAAAGGCUACAUUUGCUUUCUACACCCCCUCUGCCUCUUAACAUAUU